AUGGUGAUUACUGGCACCGUCCCCCCUUUUUCAAUAAAAAGCCCAGCACUCAAGAGGCACUGCGCAGAAGUAACCCCCUUUUCCUCCCUAGCCCCCUCCCCUGUUUCUCUUCCAGCCAUGCUGACCCUGUUGGAAACUUAUCCCAACAGGGAGGCAGAAAAAUACAUUGAGACUGGAUUUCGCAACGGUUGCCACUUUCCUGUUUCGGUUCGCCUGUUUCUAGAACGCACCCCCCCCCCCAUCAAAAGCCGUUGCCCUUCGCAUUUGGGGAAAUCAUUUCAGAAAUUCCAGGGUUUGUUUCUUCCAGACAAUCAAGCGGUGAUGGAGCAUUUCCACUAA